UGAUAACUUGUCACUUUGUUGGAAAAUUGAAGACAAGAAAUAGAAGGGGAACCGAAGGGUAUGGAUUUGACUACGUUCCAGAUUUGGAACCAGAUCUGAAAACUUUUUCGAUGAGCCCUGGUUAUAGAAAUUGUAAAAAUAUAAAUGCUACCGGCAUUGCUUGGAGUCCGUAAGUGUCGGGGCUUUCUUAUGGCCAGGCACCUCUUGCAGUUGGCCAGUAAGAAGCCCAGGCGUUACUAUUCUUCGGGCAAUGACAUCAAACAACCCUCGGUAGACAAUCCAUACUGCACCAUGUCGGAAAUCAAGGAGGAAAUGUUGAAGAGCUUGGGCCUAGAGCCCGGCUACACCGAGGAGCCGAAGUCCAGAAAGGAGCUUCUUAAGCACCAACCCAAGAUCGAGGAACUGCCGGCACGGUCCAUGCAGGAUUCCUUCUCCUCGGCCAUCAUCCCUCUGAGCAAAGAUCGCGUGCUGCAGGACAAGUACAUAAACUUUAGGGGCUACGUGCGCCUCGGCAGGCUUCUGGAGGAUAUGGACUAUUUUGCCGCUUGGUGUUGCCACAGGCACUUGAAACUUCCCAACUUGCCGGAGGGAGUGCCCAUGCCGUACACCAUUGUGACCAUACUGGUGGACCGGAUCGACUUCACCGAUGUCACGGCAUCAGGCACACGGGACAUUCGUCUAUCCGGGCACGUCACCUGGGUGGGAACCAGUUCCAUGGAGGUGGUUGUGUGGCUGGAGCAGAAAGUCGAUGAAAAGUACCAGAAGCUCACCCGAGCUCUGUUCCUCAUGGCAGCCCGAAAUGCCACCAACUCGGGAUCUGCUCCUGUGAAUCCCAUACAGCCGGCCAAUGAGGAGGAGAAGCUAAUCCUGGCUGGCGGGGCAGGCAGAAAGAAGCAGCGCCAGAUACUGAGCGCCCAGUCCGUCUUCAAGGUGGAACCCAACGCUCAGGAGCAGUCGGUGAUGUACGAGAUCUACAAGAGGACCUCUCCCGCCGAACACGCUGGUCCGUUAAAGCGGCUUCUGCCACCCGACUGCCGCUGGAUGCACGACUCCUUCCAGAUGAGCACUAUUCCCUCGUUCCCGGAGCACAGGAACCACCACAACACUGUGUUCGGGGGAUUCCUUAUGCGAAGUGCCCUGGAGAUUAGCUGGACAGCAGCCUUCCUCUACUGCAAAGCUCGACCCAAGUUGGAACACAUCUCGGACAUAACGUUCGAGAGGCCCGUGAGCGUGAACAGCUUUAUCAAGAUGACGGCCUAUGUGGUGUACACGAAGCUCAACUUCGUGCAAAUCAUGGCCGUAGCCGAUGUCCUGGACCCCUACUCCGGCAACCAGGUGACCGCCAACGCGUUCCAUUACACCUUUUCGGCUCCGGAUACGGUUACUGAGGUCCUUCCAGGGUCCUACCACGAAACCAUGUGGUACAUCCAUGGUCGCCGCAAGUUCAAUGCCAGCAAUGUUUAUAAGUCUGAAACAGUUCCCUAGAUAAGCACAAAAUUCUGAGUUAGUAAACCAAAAAAAGGUUACCUCAAAAAAGUUUCCCUUUUAGAAAACAUUUUUGAGAAUUGAUGUCAUUUCAAUAGUAUGUAUAAUUUAGAAAAUAUGAUAAGCUGAAUAGCUCGAGUAGAGUCCAUAGAAACUACAUUUUAUUUCAGUCCUUAUCGAAGCAGAAAAAGUUUGGUAAGCCCUGGUUUUGAUUUUGAAUGCCAAAAACGUGCAGAUCAUGACCAUUGCCAAUGUUUUGGUGACCAUGUUCUGGACACGCACAUGAUUGCUCACUCCCACUAUAUAGAUUAGAUUGUCGCAUGGAUUGAUACAUAGAAACAUAAUUCGUUAGACCAAAUAUUUCGCUUAAUCAGUUCCAAACAAAAAUUGUAAAACUUUCCAUGUCUUAUGUCUGGCGCUUUUUCACAACCUCAUCUUUACACCUCCUCUCCAGAUAAGAUUAGAGCUUCAGAUGAAUGCACAGAAAAAAUAUAGUGCAUAACGAUCGGUA